CACUAGAUGUCACGUUCCGCGGAAGUGACGUUUAGGCUUAUAAACCUGCAGCAAACGGUUGUCGUCUAGGACAAUAAAGAGAUUCCAAAAACCAAAGCAGGGGACUUGAAUGCACCAUGAAGCCACGGCAGUCUGGGACGCAACGGGGAGCAUUUGCGCAUUCGUUGCGCGGAUGUGAGGCUGUGCAGUCCAUCCAAGAGGAGCUUGUUGCUGCCAUACACGGAGCCCUGGAGGUGGCUGUGGAGCUCGCUGUGCGGGAGGUGAGGACGCUCGUUGGUCAGGCGACAAGCGACAUGUAUGAAGAGCUACGGAAGGAGAACGAGUCGCUGAAGGAGAAGCUGCAGCGAGCUGAGCAGCUGCUGGACUGUGUGCGCUUAGAGGGAAAUGACAGUGGCGUGGGGCAAGAAGACGGAGCGCCCCACCCCACCCCGUGCGCUCCAAACACAAACUCUACACUGGAUAGCGCUGAGCUCAGAGGCGAGCCUGCAGGUCACAGCGGCCUUGGCCCGGACCCCCGAGAUAAAUCUGUGAGCGGACAUGAGGAGCUGCGAUCUGAUCGUGUUAUGGCGAAGAAUGACCCCGAAAAGAGUCAUAAUAAAGAUGUCACUGGAAUCACAUCUCAGAUGAUUGCAUUGAAAGCAGAAGCCGUGAUCACACCGUGUCAAAGCCCACAAGCUCCAAAGUCGAUGUCACCCCUCAGCACUGCCAGCAAAUCCACAUUGGAGCAAGUUACCAUAAAGCAGGAAGAACUAGAAGAGGAAAGGAGUGGAGCGUCUUGCUGUUUGAACUUAAUUAAAGAGGAACAUUUAAGCCUAGAGGGAAUCAAGUGGCCACCAGAGGUGACAGAUAUUCGGAGCCAAGACCCCAAGGCUCAUCUUCUCAGUGGAAGGGAGGAUCGAGCUCGCCCUCCAAACAUGAGUACCAGCCUCCCACCACCCUCACAUCUUCAGUCCACCUCCCCAGAGUUUCCAAACGUCUUCCAUCUGGCAGAACAAGCGUCUGUAUCACAAGCUCCUCCUCAAGUCCACGGCGCCCGCCCCAGGAGGGCUCGCAACGUCUCCACCAUCCCCAUGUGUAAAUUCUGCGGUCAGACCUUCCCAGUGCCCAGCUCGCUGCGGCGACACUACAAUCAGUGCCUGCAGAGGCUCCAGCAGUGUCGGCAGCCGUCUGAAGCGGGAGGCACAAGGACCAGGCUGCAGCUCUACCCCCCGGGCUGCAGCCCCUUCCACUGCACCGUUUGCAACCGAGAGUUCAACCGCUUGGAGAACCUGAAGACCCACCUGCGCAUCCACACCGGAGAGAUGCCGUACACCUGCUCUGUGUGCCUCAAGUGUUUCCGCCACUCGGGAGCGCUGACCCGGCAUUUCCGCAUCCACACCGGAGAGAAGCCGUACACCUGCGGGCAGUGCGGGAAGUCCUUCAGGAACUGUGGCGGGCUCAGGCUCCACCAGCGCUCUCACAGCGAGCACCUAAAGUAGUCUCAAAGACUGUGGACUUCCGCGGUGUGUUUACAUUUUAGAUAUCUUCAUCUAAAGUAGAUGAUUAACGAUAUCAGGUUGUCAGCGUUGUAUGGACUGUCUGCGAUUAUGCUGAGAUAUACGCGUCUGAACGCCUGGUUAAGGACAGGACAUCUGCGUAAAAGGUAUUAGCGAUCUUCCCAGCAUAAAAUCAGCAUACAGGUGCUGCUCAGUGACAUGGAAUAUUUAUUCAUUUAUUUAUUAGUAUUUAUUUAUUUCAUACAUUUCAUUCAAAUAGUGAAACUUGUAAAGAUCAGUGGUGUGAAAACGUUUUUGCCAUGAGGGCCAAAAUCAUGAAGUUGAAAGCAUGUGGUUUGAAAAAAAUAAAAAUAAACAGAGAAAUACAUUCUUAGCAUUUAUUUAUUUUCUGAGUAAUAAACUAAAACUGCAACAUUUUCAUGAUAUGAACACAGUAGUCCAUUUUUUUUUUGUAGAAAAUA